AUGAGCAAUCCUCCAUAUGGCGUCGACUACAACCCUUCGCAGAACCUCGAGAGAGAGAACCUGCCAAGGUUCGCCAACCCGAUGCAGAGGAACGAACAGAGAAAUCGCCAGGUCCUCCCGUCGAUCAUCGUGAAGCAUGCUCCUCAGCUGAUGGAGAAUGUAGCGUUGAUGGAGGAGCUAGGUCAGGCAAGGAAGGAGCUGCAGGUAACGCAGCAGGAAGUGAAGCAGCUGUCAGAGGCUAUGGCGAGGAGGAUGAGCGCGAUGGAGAGCAGGUUGCAGGCGGGAGAAGCGAACACGCGAUCGCUGGACAGGAGGGAGGCCACGGCGUCGAACUCGCUGCUGCAGCUGAAGACAGAGAUGGAGGUGAAGUUGCGGGAUGUGAUGGCAGAAGUCCAGAGGAGCAGGAGGCUCUUCGAGCAGGAGCUGCAGAACCAGACAGAAAGGAUGAAGCGUGAGCUGGAGGAGAGGGAGGAGGCGAACGUCUCGGCCGAGACGCUGGCGAGGGAGGCGGGGAGGCAGUGCCGAGCUGCUGAGGAGAAGAUGAGAAAGAUGGAGGAGGAUAUGCGUGCGGGGCUGGAGAGGAGGACGCAGAUGGUUCUGGACAGCCUGAGGAAGUAUGAGCUAGGGAGCGUGGAGAAGUUCUCUGCGCUGGAGCAGGCGAUCAAGGAGGAGCUGGAGAGGGAGAGCGACGGGGUAGCGAGGAUGGAGAGCGAGCUCAGGAGCGAGCUGGGGACCAUGCAGGCCAUGCUGCAGGAGAGGACGAGGAGCCUGCGGGAGGAGAUAGAAGGAGCUCGGCUUCGGCUAGAGGGCAUGCUGAGGGAGGGGCUGGAGGGCUGCAAGCUAGAGGGCGAGGAGAUGAGGAGGAGGAUGGACGGGUUUGCGAUGCUGUUCGAGAGGGAGAGGAAGAGGCAGAAGGAGCUCGUGCAGAGCUCGUCGGCGCAGAUGAAGGAGAAGGUGCAGUCAGUGCAGGGGAUGUGGAAGGAGAUGCAGCAGGAGAGCGUGAGGAUCCGGUCGCUGGCGUCUCAGGUGCAAGAGGAGACGAGCAUGCAGGUGAAGAUGAUGUCGGAGAGGAUGGAGGAAGGGAUGCAGGCCCUGCGGGGCGUGCAAGAGCGGCAGGGGGAGCAACUCGGGGACACGAAGCAGCAGCAGGCGAGGGGAAUGGCAGAGCUGCGGGAGAAAGUCUCCUCCUCCUUGAUCCGAGUACACAGCGAGCUGGAGUCCAGCCUGCGGGAGGAGAGGCAGACGCGGCAGAGCAUCCUACUAAGGCUGGAAGAGCACGAGGGGGUCACACAAAGGAUGCUGCAGGAGCAGACGAACUUCGAGGAGGGGGUGGAGCAGCGGCUCCGACACGCUCAGGUCAGGACGUCAGAGGACGUCAACCAGCUGUCAGCUAGGAUGGAUGCGAUCUACCUUGAUGUACAGGCGCAGACAGAGGAGCAGGGGAAGAGGUUGCACACGUUAGAAGUUUUGAACAGAGAGAAGAUUGCCGACCUUGCGAAUGAUCUGCACACUGCGAACGAGAGGCAGUGGGAGGAAAUCUUGGACAUCAAGAAAACUGUCAGGGCGAUCGGCUCGCAGGAAAGAGCAAAAGAGAAUUCACUUAUCAAACAGAUCGAGGAACUGCGGCGGCGGCUCAACGAGGUUGAGCAUGGAACCUCUGCUGUAGCAAUUAAUCCCCAGCGAGAUUUGAACGAAGAUUAUGACGAGAGAGACGCAAAGUCAGCCGAGUACGAGGAUGAAGCCAGUGGGGAGGAGGAGGAGGAGGAGGAGGAGGAGAAGGAGGAGGAGGAAAGGGCAGAUGGCGUUAAGGCGAAAGUGAAGGAACGAGCUCAAAGCCAGGAGGAGGGGCAGGAGGGGAGAGCGGAUGAUGGAAGAUUGGGAGGAGAGGGUCAGGAAGACCAGGAAAAGGAGAGCGCUCAGCAUAGAGAGUCUAGUGAGCUGGGAGAGAGCGGGAAGAGGGAUGUAGUGGAGGAGGAAGAGAUCUUGGAAGUAGAAGAUGGAGACGUGGAAGUCAGAGACAGCAGGAUGGAGGGAGAGGAGAGGAGGGAGGAGGUCGACCCUGUGGAAGACCAAGAUGAAGUGAACCUGUCGCAAGAGCUCGACGAACAGGAGCAGAUUGAACAGGAGCAGAUCGAGGAGGAGCAGAUUGGGGAGGAGGAUGUCGCUGGCCAAGACAUCGGUGCUCAGGGUGGAGAAGAGUCGAACGCGGCAAACCCAGCAGAUGCCGACGAGAGCGUCCAGUGGCAGGAGCAGCAGCAGCAGCAAAAUGAAGAGGACAUCGGGGGUGAGGAGGAGCAGCAGCAGCAGGCAACGGAUGACAGCACCAAGGGAGACGAAGGAAGGCACGAUGCUAACGAGGAGGAGGCUGAGAUGAUUCAGACAGCAGAGGAAGAGUCGAUGAACGCGGUGGAGCAGGCGGUAGAGGACGUGGACGCUGCCAUGGCAGCAGCAGAGCAGGAGGAGGCGGCGAGCGCCGACGCAAGACAGGAAGGAGCUGCAGCUGAAAUGCUGUCUCCUCUGCAACAGGAGACAGCCGUUGCUGAAGGGAACGAGACGGGAGUGCCCGAGGAGCUUGUGGGCAUGGAUGGAGCUGGAGCUGCAGCCGAGGUGGGAGAGGCUUCUCCUCGAUUACCGCAGGAGGCAGUGGAGGAGGAGGAGGAGAUGGCUUCUGUGCAAGGAGAAGAAGGAGCUGCGACUACAGUAGCAGGCGCAGAUCAACAGGAGCGGAGAGUGGAGGAUCAACUAGCCGUGGCAGAACAGGAGGGAGAAGUCGACAGCACUGCGAAUCCUACUGAUGGGGAGGAGGCACCAGCACCGGCUACAGCUCCAGCAGACAAGACUGACAUCAAAGACGCGGUGCUGGAGGCAGGAGCUGGAGGAGGGGCAGGAGCUGCUUCAGAGGGUGGGACGGUGCAAGGAGGAGGGACGGAGGAGGGGGUUGAGAAGACGCCUGAUGAAGGUGAAGAGGAAGGUGAAUCGAAAAAGGGAGUUACAUCUGCGGGUGAGAGCCAAGGAAUAGAGGAACCACAGGUAGAGGAUGUGGACGGGAAAGAUCAGAGCCAGGAGGGUACGAAGGAAGGAGAGCAGCAGGAGUGAAGGAAGAAAAUACAUGUCGUGAUUAUCAAUCGAGUAGAGAAUCUUUGUAAUGUACUAAAUGUGUUAAUCG